GUUGAUUCAGAGAAUGGGUGCCAAAUUGCCGCAGCAGCGCAUCAGAUACAUCUCUGCCAGCUCAACGUUCAACCACUAUGUCUCUUAUCUCCAGCCAGCCUAACACAAGCACUAUGAACAUGUAUGGUCCUCUCGUAACUGACAAGAAGAGAAGUCCUGCAUGUCAACACAACGCCCACGAUCUGAGUUACCCAUGUGAAUGCCCUUCAGCAUCACACCGUGCAUGCCACAAAUCGAGGCUGCGGCGAAUCAUCCUGCCUAUAGCGCUUUCCCUUCUCUCCGUGGGCGCCUUUCUGGUCAUUUCCUACUGCUCGGAAGUUGGCGAUCUGUUAGGAGCACUCAGACUUAAUCACGGUCAUGCAUUGGACAAGCGCCAAACGACGAGUAGCACCUCAAGCUUCACGAGCAAAAAAUGUGGUGCAACAAUGUCUUCAUUCAUUGUUCUUUCUGACAACUCACUUCAGUGUACCUAAUUAUUGUUUUUGUUGGCCUUUUCCUCGUCCUUUUAGCGGCUAUAAUGCUCAGUUUCUGGUGCUGUCAAGGUUCGAUCAAACAAUCUUGAAAGCGCUUAUUGCCUCAUGUGUUUGAUACAGGCGCCUUUCAGAAUCCCCUGUGUUGCCCAUGCUACUUGUGUGCAUGUUGUGGUGGCCUCGCAUGUUUGGAGUGUAUUGGCUGUGGCCUCU